AUGAAAUACUUAUCGUUGAUCACAUAUGCUUGUACCUGGUUACUCCAAACCCAGGGAGCUAGCUCAUUAUCAACCUCCCAACUCGAGAAACGGACAGCUCGCACAAGUCCGCCGUCUGGAUGUUUCGUCGUACGCGGAUCAGGUAUAGAACCCGGCGACUAUAGCACGCUUUCAGCAGCUGUAACCGCUCUCGGCUCAAGUACAGCCGAUGCUUGUAUUUUCAUCUACAACAGCACGUAUACAGAAGCACUUCGUAUUGAUUAUGGAGGGGCGUUGACUUUGUACGGCUACACGACAAAUUAUGGCGAACAAAAAUACAACACAGUCACAAUCACCCGAAACGAAAGCUCCGCUGAAGCCGGUAAUCUAGAUGACUCGUCCCAGUAA